GCCGGCCGCCCAAUUUCAACCACACAUGCCAAGACUACCCCACACCCCAGCUGCCAGGUGCCAAAAAUCGCACCCGACUGGAAAGAAGGACUCGGACCAGAAGGGAAGGAGCCGUAAGAAAUUGGAAGCCCAGGCGUUGUCAUCGCGGUUGCCUGUUCUGGGGAUUGCAGCCGGGCCGGAGAGAACCUGCUGCGCACAAUACAGUCAGUGACAAGCAGACAAACAGGGAUUCGUUAACCCGCAGCCCGCCAUGGAGGCCGAGAUCCGAGCCGUGCUCCCCAACAUCGACCCCGUGAUUUCCGAGUACUCGGCCGGCUACCUGACCCACGCCUCCACUGCAUGGUCCGGAGAUGAGGACGCGGCUGGGCCGUCUCCGCUGGACGAAGCCGCCGCCGCCGUCACGGAGCUGCUGCUCUCCGCCGCCGGAGGCUAUGGCGCCGCCACGCACGACAAGAUCCGGAACCUGGUGGAGAAAUGGGUGGACAAGUACGCGGCGGCGAGCCACAGCCAGGAGAAGAGGGGCCCCGCCGUCAAGCGCCUUGACCAGACCAUCCAGGUGAGCGCCCAGAGGAACGUGUCCUCCACGCUCGCCGUGGCCACCGGCACCGUCGACCUGGAGUCGGCCAAUGCGCGCAAGGUCGAGUCCAAGGUCGACCGCAAGAAGCUGGAGAAGGCCGAGCGCAAGAUCGCGGCCAAGCAAAGCAAGAAAACCUUCAAGACGGUCGAGUACGAGGCCUCGCGCCUGCUUAACCAGCCCGAGUCGGCCCAGUCGUACGAGGACUUCUACAUGGCUGUCAACCCCCUGCAGAUGGGCAGCCAGGGCAACAAGUCCAAGGACAUCAAGGUCGACAACAUCGACGUGUCUAUCGGAGGAAACAGGAUUCUGACCGAUACCACCUUGACGCUCUCCUACGGCCACCGCUAUGGCCUGGUCGGUCGCAACGGUGUCGGUAAAUCCACUCUCCUCCGCGCCCUCUCUCGGAGAGAGGUGCCGAUCCCAACGCACAUUUCCAUCUUGCACGUCGAACAAGAGAUUACCGGUGAUGAUACGCCAGCGCUCCAGGCCGUCCUGGACGCGGAUGUCUGGCGCAAAGUGCUGCUCAAGGAGCAAGCGGAAAUCACACAAAAGCUGGCAGAUAUCGAGAGCCGGCGAACGUCCAUGGCGGAUACAUCAACCGACGCCGCGAAACUUGACAAGGAGCGCGAGGCCCUGGACCAGCGCCUCGGAGAUAUCCAAGCGAAGCUGGCCGAGAUGGAAUCCGACAAGGCGGAAUCCAGAGCCGCCAGCAUCUUGGCCGGCCUGGGUUUCUCGCCCGAGCGGCAGCAAUUCGCCACCAAGACAUUCUCGGGCGGUUGGAGAAUGCGUCUUGCCCUUGCUCGUGCCCUUUUCUGCGAGCCAGAUCUCCUGCUUCUCGAUGAGCCUUCCAACAUGUUGGACGUCCCCUCGAUUACCUUCCUCUCGAACUAUCUGCAAGGCUACCCCAGCACCGUUCUCGUCGUGUCCCACGACAGAGCGUUCCUCAACGAGGUAGCCACCGACAUCAUCCACCAGCACUCGCAGCGACUGGACUACUACCGUGGCGCCAACUUCGACAGCUUCUAUGCCACCAGGGAGGAGCGGAAGAAGACGGCCAAGCGGGAGUACGAGAACCAAAUGGCGCAGCGCGCCCAUCUCCAGGCCUUCAUCGACAAGUUCCGGUACAACGCGGCCAAGUCCUCCGAAGCGCAGUCCCGCAUCAAGAAGCUGGAGCGUAUGCCAGUGCUCGAGCCUCCCGAGACGGAGUACAGCGUCAAGUUCAGGUUUCCCGACGUCGAGAAGCUCUCGCCACCCAUCGUCCAGAUGUCCAACGUCACAUUCGGCUACUCCAAGGACAAGAUUCUACUCAGGAACGUCGACCUCGACGUCCAACUCGACUCGCGCAUCGGCAUCGUCGGGCCCAACGGAGCCGGCAAAACCACGGUGCUCAAGCUUCUCAUCGGCAAGCUGCAGCCGACCAGCGGCAUCAUCUCCCAACAUCCCCGCUUGCGCAUCGGCUACUUCGCCCAGCACCACGUCGACGCGCUCGACCUCAACGCCAGCGCCGUCAGUUUCAUGGCCAGGGAGUACCCCGGCAAGACGGACGAGGAAUAUCGCCGGCAGCUGGGAGCCUUCGGCAUCACGGGCACGACGGGUCUGCAGAAGAUGGCGCUGCUCUCGGGUGGUCAGAAAUCUCGCGUCGCCUUCGCCUGCCUCGCGCUCACCAACCCGCACAUCCUGGUCAUGGACGAGCCGUCCAACCACCUGGAUAUUGAGGCCAUGGAUGCCCUCGCCGAGGCACUCAAGGAGUUUCAGGGGGGUGUGCUGAUGGUCUCCCACGACGUGACGAUGCUGCAGACAGUAUGCACCUCGUUGUGGGUGUGCGACAACGGCACGGUGGAGAAGUUCCCUGGUGACGUGCAGGCGUACAAGCGGAGGAUUGCGGCGCAGGCGGACGCUGCUGGUGUCGUUAAGGCUCACUAAGGGGGGAACUCAGUACGGAAGACAUAACGUUGAUGUAGGCACAGACAUGUCGUGGGAUGUUGACAGGCCGGACACUGUCCAGCUUAACACCACGUUUGCCCAAGGCAAGCACAUGUUUUGCUCCAAGACGCAUGUCCCGAACCUUCACUUCAUGCAUUGAUGAGAAGGCAGCGACAAAACGGUGGACGUUAAAGAGGUCCCGCCAAGACUAAUU